AAAAGGUGUAUUUUUCUUUCCUAUCCACUAUGAUGAUUCGUCACCCAGGGGUUCCCUUCCUGAGGGAGACUGGGAUGACUGCACCUGAUACUCGGAAAGGAGACUAGCAAAAAAGACAAACGGAAAAGCCAACAGCAGGACAAGUAACUCUGAAUGACCUCUGUAAAGGACUCAAUGCUAAAACUAAAAUACUGUUUAAGAAGAAGCACCUAAUACUGGAAUGGUAUGGCUAAAUCCUAACAACACUGUGAGAGGUGGGAGGAGAGGCUGGCUCUCACACAGAGGGAGGGACUGAGAGAGCAUGGAGCUUCAUUCACUGCUAAACACACACACACACCACAUGCUCGGAAAAGCUGUUCUCAGGCUGAGAGAAAAGAGGGGAACGAAGGAGAGGACUUCUCGAUCACUGAGUGGUGACACACAGGAAAAACAGAGACACUGAGUGAGGCCAAAGAGGGACAGAGGGGAUCAUCAAACCAAUGAGAGCUGGGAGGUUUCAGAUCCUGUGACUUGUUCCCAAAGAAGACACAUUGAUCCUGGUGGAGGUACCGAGACUUAGCUCCAGGACCGACCUCCAAGAUGUCCCGGAGGAGGUCUACAGGGGACUUGGUGCCCAGGGACGUCACUCAGAUCUUAGCCCGGGAGGCGAAGGUUCAGCGUGGGCAGAAGAAGCCGGGUAGCUCCCUGGGACAGGCCUUUGGUUGGUUAAAAGGGAGCCGAAAGAAGAAGGGCCUCGGUAAUGGGCUGAACCGAACUGGAAUUGGCGUGACGGAUGCCAAGCAAGGACUUCAGAAUCAAGACCCUGCAAAAGCUGGCCCAAAGGGGAAUGAAGAGCAGAAGAGGUUGACCGUCCACUACAGCACCUCCCAGCACUACCAGGAGAAUGUGUUCAUCGAGGGCAGCAGGCCACAGUACCUGGAGGAUCUGCACACUGAGGCCCAGGAGGGGCUCAAGAUACAACAGCAGGAAGAAUACCCAAAUGGACUCAACUUACCUGACAAUGAGAGCAUUGCUUCCACAGACACUCUGCGUCCGGAGCAGGAUAUCAGCUCCAAGGACGACGGUGGCUCUCCGGAGUCGAGGUCCACCAUGGGGAGCACUGAUACCACGGUAACCUCUGCUGUGUCCACCAGGCCUGUGCUCACUCGUCAAGGGUCAACAUUCAAGCCUCUGAAUCCAGUGAAAAGACUAGAUAAGAGCAGGAAGAGGGGCAGGAGGACCACCAUCAUGGGCAUACCCAACCAGGUCCAGAAAGAGCUCGCAUUGCACAGAAGCUUCCAGCAGCUUGUUUCUACCCCGAAUCAUGACGGAAAUCUCAGUAACAGCCAAUCAGGCGUAGUUAUCAUUCCUACAGUUGAUGGAGGGACUCCAGAAGCAAAAACGGAGGGAGCAAGAGUGCACCUUUCAGAGCUAGAGGCAUCCAGAGAUGAACAGCUGCUGAGGAAGCAACUCCAGGCAAUGUACCAAGACGAGCAGCCUUUCAACCACCAGGGCCUUGGCUCCUAUCUCUGCCCCAACUCAUCCAUGAGACCCAAGUCCCUUGCAGUACCUGGCAUGACCACUUCCUCCUCCUUCUGUCCUUCAACGAUGUUAAGCUUCCUCCAGGAACGCCAGGGCCCAGUGAUGUCCAUGUCUCCCCAGGCCACCUAUAUGUCUACAAUCAUCCCUAAUGCAGUCUUACCCAGCUCGAUUGACGUCAUAGAGAUCGACCGCAGCUGUAGCCGGACGCGUGGCGGCAGUGUAAACCAUGGCAGUAGUGUCCGCACCGUAAGCAAGAGCAGUCUGGCAUCAGGGGACUUAUCAGUCAGCCCUUUUUUGUCCAGAAGAUCCGAUGGAGAUGGUUCUCAGAGUGACAAUUCCCAAAGCGAAUCCACACUGAUGCUAACAUCUGCUUCGGGGUUGAACUGGAGCGAGACACAGUCUUCAAAGAUCAUUAUUUCAAACUCUUCUCCAGGAUCUUCUAAGGGUAGCACGCGUAGUAGUAACUCACACAGAGCGGGUCCGAAUGGGCGGGAGAGCCAGGCAGAGCAGUGUAAUGGGGACCAAGACAUUGACAGUCUGCGUAGUUCAGUUAGCAUGAUCAGCAGCUUCAGCAGUAAAAGAGAAAAUGUUACAGGUCAAGAAUCUGAGUCUGAUGUUUCAGGGUCAGUAGCUGCUGGGGACGAUGCAAAGACUAAACAGAAUUGCACUCGCAGUCUGUCGGUUAUGAAGACCAAGCAACCCCCGCCGCCACCACGGAGAACGAACUCUCUGCAUAGUAAUAAGAUCAAGAGUAACUCCAACGUUCUGGUGGAGAUCAAUGACUCUGAUGGUGCAAACGCCACAGAAAACAGUAUAGCACAAGAUGAGAACAAGUCAGUCAAGCUACAGAACUCCACUGGGUCAAGCUGUCUAGAUGCUUCCUCCAGUCCUUUGAACCCAACACAGGCCUCUUCCACUGGAGGAGCAACAGAAGCAGAACACAGCAGCUACUCCCCACAGAAAACUCCCUCAGACGGGGGGAAAUUUGAACGCACCAUGUCCCCUUCCAGCGGCUACUCCAGUCAGAGUGGCACUCCAACACUCACCCCAAAAGGGAUCUCCCCAACCCCCCCUGACAAACAGAAGAAGAAACCUGUCAAACCGGAGAGAUCGGUGUCUCGGGCCUCAUCUUCAGCAGCUUCUCCUUCCUCCUCGCUUACCUCUCUAUCUUCUGGUACAUCUGAGCCUGUCAAUCCAGAUGUUUCCACAUGUAGCUCCAGCCUGCCUUCACAGGGAUCUCAACCCACUGUUGCAGCAGAUGAACUCACUCCGAAUAACAUUUCUUCAACUUUUGCAGCUGAGGUCAGAGAACUGUUGAAAAUCCCUCCACCUCCCAAAGUCAAAGCGCCAUGUCCUCCUCCUCCAGAGGCAUGGGUUCACAACAACCGCACCUUUCAGUUACUGUGUGGGCCAAACCCUAAUGUCAGCAAAGUACCCCAGAACCCAGCGCAGAAACAAGACAGCACAGUUAAACAAGCAGGAACCCAGACUGAAGACAUCAAGGAGAUACCAGAUUCAGUUGAAAAACAAUCAACUAUAUGCCAAUCUGUCUUAGAAAGCCAAGUAAAGCCUGAGAUGUUGUUAGAAACAAGUUCUGAAGGUCUUAACAAGGAGAUGGAGAAUAGGGAAUGUCCAAAUAACAAACAAGAGGAGAUACUAGUAAGUUCAGAUGUUCAAAAACAAGAGCAGAGUAGUAACCUUGUGGUGAAGGACCCUAAGAGUCCGAAGAAAGAGCCUCCUCCUGUCAUGAAGAAACCAGUGACAGUACUGCACAAAAAGGAAUUGGUGAAGAAAGAGAGUGUUAGUGCGUCUUCAGCGGUUCAUUUGCCUGUUGAGAACCAUACAACCACGUCUCAGGUUGUAAUUGUCGUUGAUAAGAGUGACAACGAAAUGGCCAAAAGUGAGGUUGCAUCAGUAGAAGUCCCCAAAAUCACUAAGGUCUCGCCACCACCUUCUCCCCCCCCGGCAUACCACCCCACACCUCCCCUGUCAAGAAAGACGCCUCCUUCAUCAGUGUCUUCGCCACCAGACGACUUACAGAGGGUGCAGGAGGAGAUCCACGUUGUGGAGUCUUGCUGGCCGCCCCCUCCACCUCCAAUGGACGGAGACUCUGUGUUUGAUGGAGGAGAUGACGUUGACUUUCCACCACCUCCUCCGCCCUUGGUGACAGAAAGUCUAACAAAUGUGAUGGACAGUUGCGUCACAGAUCUGGGUGAAACAAAAACACAGACAGAGGAGGAUGAAGAGACUAUUGAUGAUUCGAGUGAAGCCAACACAUCUGCACAUGGACAAAUUGCAGACGUGCCCCCGGCUGUACCACAAACAGUAACGGACAUCGAACCAGAAGUUGUUGUGCAAGAUUCAGAAUCCAACAUUGCAGAAGAUACUAUUUGCAGACCAGUGCAGAGUUUAGUAUCCGUUUCAGACUGUGUCCAAUCUCCACCAGUCGUGGCAACCCCUUUGGCAUCCAUUACAAAAGCAGAUCACCCAAUGUUGGAGUCUACUUUGGUUCCUCCAAGCAGUUCCCUGAAGCGAGACUCUCCAAAACUUGAAGAUCAGUCUCCCAACGAGGCUCCCGUCAGCGCCCAACUUCCAGUUAUUGUCCCAGUGGCACCGCCUCUACCAGCAGAGAGUUUGACCCAAGGGGUUAACUUCAGACGGCAACCAGGCGUACCAAACCGAGACGCCAGAAGCAAGGAGCUCCUUUCCCGCCACAAAAGUGCACUCAUUCCUAAAGAGGACGCUAACAUACCUCUGGUGACCCCUUCCCUGCUUCAGAUGGUUCGUCUCAGAUCGGUCAACAUGACUGAAGAUGUGGUGAAAGCGGAGGGGGAGGACAAAACAACAAAUCAGGGAGCUUCAGUUCAGGACAAUUGCCCAGUCACAGGAGCUCAGAACAUUCCACAGAAGCCCAUCCGCAAGUCUUUGUCACUAAAAUCCCCCCCUCAGUCAGUAAAGACAUCCUCGGUCGCCCCUUCCAUGCGCUUACAGGAAGCCAUACGUAUGAAAACGGCCGCCAUGUCUUCAAGAGGUGGUCUCCCAUGCCGACUGGGCGUUAGAUCCACCUACAGCUCUCUCGGGGAACACGGCGCUCUGUCGUUGAAAUCAGCCGAGGGAUCUGAAAUGCUCAAGACUCCAGCAUCCACCGCCAGCUUUAUCUUCUCCAGGAGCACAAAGAAAGUUGUGAUAGAGACUCCAGCUGCCGCCUCCCCUGAAGCUCAGGUGAGUCUGAAGCAGAGUUUGGCGGCCGAACUCAUGCAGGUGUCUGACCAAUCGAAGGCCACCGUUUAUUCCAAUGGCGGGGUGAAGUUGGACAGAGCUCCUCCACCGGUGGCAAAGAAACCAGCCUCUGGGAGCAUCAGCCCUCCACCCAGUGCACCUGCUGGUUCAGCGAAGACGGACUUCAGUGUUGAAGGGAACGGAGCGAUAGGAGCAGUGCAACAUACGAGUGGAGUAACGCAUCCUGAGAUGACAACUACGAGAGUGACAGCGGACACAAUUGAAACACUGUUUUGAAGACUUCAAGCAACUCACAGCAAGGACUGACAUCACUGAAAGACUUCAACUCAACUAGAGUGUGUCUCCAAAAAGCCUUAGCCUGUAACGGCCUUCCUACAUAUUUAUGCAAAAAAGAACAUGUCGCUCCCAAAUUUCUAAUGAUAGCUUUAUUCUGGAGUAUUUUUCUAAGCUAUAGUUGAUCUCUUAUUAUUGUCCCCUCAGGAUGAAAUGGUGUACAUUGGCCUAACUGUAAAUAUUGAGCUUGUGUGAGAUCGCCUCCCAGAGGUAGGGUUAGGUAGUGGAGCUCAGAGAAAAGGAUUUAUCCAUGAUAAAGCAUUUCUGUACAGAGGUUUACUGUCUCUUAAGUCUUUUUAUGCUUGUUGUAAUAUAAUACAUAAUUAGGCAGUGGUCAGAAGAAGCUGACGAUGGCAUCUGCUUUAGAAUAAAUGGACAUUUAUAUCACCAAGAUCAGAGAAAAACUCAUCGUUAAAGGUGGGGUAGGUAAGUUUGAGAAACCGGCUCGAGAUACACUUUUUGUUAUAUUCCAUGGAAUGCUCUUAACAUCCUGAUAGCAAUGAAUAUC